AUGAUAUCUGGAAUUGCUACAAUAGAUAUCUCGGAUCAUCUACCAACCUUUUGUAUUGUUGAUAUACCAGUACAAAAACAAAAAUUCAAGAGAUAUUAUAGAGACUACAGGCAAUUUGAUUCAGAACUAUACCUACAGGAUAUCAAAGCAAUUGACUGGAAUAGUAUUUACAUUGAAAGCAAUGACUGUAAUGAAAUUGCAGCUAAGUCCAUAAGUACUCUUCAGCUUAUUGUUCAUAAACAUGCACCAAGGAAACAAAUAUCCCAAAGUAAACAGAAGCAGUUUAGUAAGCCUUGGAUAACUAAUGGUAUACUCAAAUCUAUCAAAAAUAAACAAAGCAUUUAUAGAACAUAA